AUGUCAGGAUGGCUUGGCGGCAGCAUGGCCAUGGACUUUCUUUGCUGCACUGCAGCACUAGUCAAGAAAGGAGCAUCUAGUGGUAUUAUUGGCACUGAGACUACGCGAGUUCUUGCGGUGCGUGGUGUCCAUGUUAUUAUGGGGUCAGGAAUAUGGCUGCUGGAAGAGAUGUCAAAGACGCAACAUGCAGUUAAGGAAAUAUCCACUGCCAUAGUUGAUCCCAUGGAAUUGGACCUCAGUUCACUGGCAUCUGUGAGGAAAUUUGCAUCGGAUAUAUUUCAGUUCCUCGGGCCGUCCCUUGAACCUCUUAAUGGUGCUUCAACAACGUGCUAUGUGGCAUUAAAUCCACAAGUAAAGGGUGUAAGCGGUGAGUAUUUUUCGGGUUGUAAUCUGGCUGCUGCAUGCUCAGAGAGUAGAGAUGCCGAGUUAGCAAAGAAACUCUGGGAUUUCAGUAUGGAUUUGGUUCAAUAA